AUGGUUUCCGGUAACCCUCGCGCUCCACCACCGCCGUCCUGUGCUUUCAAAGAGUUCCUCUUGGGCCCCACUGCGGAGAGCAUCACGGCCGCCUACUGCGUGUAUGGGGCCCCGACGAUUCACAUGAAUAUGGGAUUGUUAUGCUCCUGCUUGAGCAGAAGGUGUGAGACAUGCAUCAAAAAACAGAAUUAUCAUCCAACGAUGACCAUGGUGGAACCAACGGUGAUCUCGACGACAUCUUUAAGAGGUGAUGAUUUCCAUAAAUACGUUAGAAUGCUGGAGGAAACUAUUAACUUCUAUGCACCUCACCAAUCACUUUUGGUAAAACUUUUUAUAAGGAGCUCUGUACCACCAGCCAGCCUGUUGACGAAAUUGCCUUCGUCACUGAAAACGGAAAAAGACGAUCGACAAGGUUACGUCUGCAAAGGAUCUGGAUUGUUGACAUAUGAAACUCUGAACAAAAGAUUGUGA